UGCGCUCGGCUCGUUUGGACCCAUUUCUGCUUGCGGUGCUUGGCUGGACACAUUUUUGCAUUAUUUUGUUGAUUUUGUCGUAGAGAGGCUUUGGCAUAGGCCUGACAGUCCCACCGAGUCGUGUAAUGAAUUAGUCUCACCAUGAGUAUGUCUUUGAGACGGGUACAAUCAUUGAACAUCCUGCAAAACUUUCAAUUAUCCUCUCGGGAUGUUAGCCGUAACCUUAAAAGAGACUUUUCACUCCUGAGUGUUUCUGGUACGGAACUCGGUCAGUCCGGUUUACUCAGUGUCACUGGACACCGUUCACCAUUUCGUACUUAUUACAAACAUGAAGUGGAAGUAUCCAAGAGAAUUCAAUGGAAGAGGCCAGAGAGAGUCCCAUGCAUUCUCCCAGAGAAGAGCGGAGAUCUCUCGGGAUUACCAGAAGUAGAUUUGAAUGAGCCUCCACCUUUAUUCAAGGAUUCUACUGAGUUCCAGACUGCUAGUGAAACCGUCAAACGUAUUUUUGGCCUGAAGUUUCAGACUUCCGCUGAAAGAAGGCAAGCAAAAAUUGAUGCCAUGACCAAACAGGUGAAACGACACAAACUGGACAAUAAAUCAGUGGAAGUUAAAAUUGCCAAGUGGACUGCCAUCAUUCGAAACUUGCAAGAGCACACCACAAAAUUCCCACAAGACCGUAAUGCUAAAGCAGACCUGAAAGAAAUUAUUGAGUUUCGAAAGAAGCGAAUGAAGCUUUUGCGCACUCUGGACUACAGAAGAUUUGAAUGGAUCCUUGAAACCCUAGACCUUCUCUUUAAACCUGCUCCAUCGUCCCAUGAAAGAGUUGAGAGGAAAAAAUCGAUGAGAUGGUUGACUGCUGAAUACAUAGAAAAAGUGAAAGAACAGAAACUAAAUGAAUAUAAGGAGGCUUUGAAUUCACAGAAAAUAGGUUUUUUGAAGUCAAAACUUUCAACUAUGGAAGCCAUUGUUGAAGAAGAAAAGGCAUUUGGAGUGAUUCCUAGUUUUACUGAAGAAGACCUGAAUCAAGUCAAAGAAACCUUAAGAUUGAAAAUUGAGGAAGAAGAAAAAAUGCACCCCUCUCACCAAGUAGAAAAGGAAGUUUACUAAGUGGUUGGUGUCAGUCUGAUGUAUUUCAUUAAUUGUUAUCACCCAUUGUAAGGUGUAUUUAAGGCCCACAUGUGGUGAUGUUCGUCUGAACUUGAUAAAAGAUGUGUGUUGAGAUUAUUGGGAUUUAAUGAGCUGGAGACCAGUUAAUAAAUUAUGUCUUUAAUUUGAA